CGGAUUGCUCUCCUCCCGUUCCUCCCUCUCCUCCCUCUCCUCCCUCUCCUCGCUCUCCCUCACGUCUCCCCUCCCGCGGCCAUCCGUUGCCUCCUCGCUCCCUUGCUCCCGGCCCUCCUUCCUCUCUCCCUCCCUUCCUCCUUUCCCUCCUUCUCUCCCUAUGAUGGACAUCGAUGCGCUAGAUGCUGAUGGCUCCCUGAAGACCAGCGUGCCGCUGCCGCUACCGCCGCCGCCGCCGCCGCCGCCGCCGUGUACGUCGACCAUUAAGACCGGCCCCGACCAUGAGCCGGAUCGGCCCGAUUCGCCGUCUUUGACGUCAUCACCUGUAGCGAACGCGUUCGCUGACGUGGACCUUUCUCUCUUCCCCGUUCCAAUCACGCCAUAUCCGAGUGCGGAUGUCCACGAGAUCGAGUAUCGGCGCGCUCUGCGCACGGAGGACUUGGCGCGCUCUGGUCCUGUCAUCACCCCUGAACAUGUUCUAUUCGAAGACGAGUAUCUCAUGGUCAUCAACAAGCCACGAGGGGUGUACUCGGAGGAUGUGCUUAGGGACGUGCCACGUGUCUGGAGACUCCCACCUCCAUUAUUUCUGCCGCAAACGGCCAAGGGGGUGUGGAGGGACUGCAUUUGGGAGAAGGGAAGGAAACAACGAAGAGGACGAAAGAGAGAGGUGGGGGAAGGAGUAAGAGGAGGAGGUGGAGAAGGAGAAGGAGAAGGAGAAGGAGAAGGAGACGGGGGAGUAGAGGGAAAAGAUCUCCCAUCGUUGUCGUCAUUGGACACGUGUCUUCCUUCAUCAGCUUGGCGAGCAGAUGAGGAGGCUGCCCCGAAUUCUGCUGCAUCCGCGCAGUCGGGAUGGGAAGCAGAUGGUGCUGGCGUGUCAGGCAUCGAUCUGCCGGGGGGAGGAUCCCCUCCUCCGUUACUUACUUCUCCCUUGGACACGUGUCCUCCUCCUCCUCCGACGGAUGCUUCCCUAAUUGCUGAUCACCGUAAUUAUGUUACCCUUUCUCACACCCUUGUCUCCUCCUCCUCCUCCUCCUCCUCCUCCUCCUCCUCCUCCUCCUCCUCCUCCUCCUCCUCCUCCUCAUCCUCCUCCUCCUCCUCCUCCUCCUCCUUUCCAUCCUCCUCCUCCUCCUCCUCUUCCUCCCCUUCCUCUUCCUCCUCUUCCUCUUCCUCCUCUUCCUCCUCCUCCUCCUCCUUCUCCUCGCCUUCCGGUGUAGCCGCGGGAACGUCCACGUGUCAUCAUGUGGAUUCCUCAAGCUCGUUUUGUUCUUUUAUGACCGACAUAGGAGUCGGGAUCGCGACUCACAUUGACGCCUGGGCCGAGAGAGAUGCUUCCUCAAGCUCGGGAAAUGACAAACGAGUGGAAAAAACUGAAGAGGGCCAAAGCGCGCCAAUGCCAGGCGGCAACAACGGCGAGAACGGUGAAAAAAAUAUACAUAUAUAUGAGGAAAAUGGCAAAAAAGAUGAGCUGAAGCCUAAUUACUUGUACCAGCUGCGACUGUUGAACCGUCUGGAUCGGGACACGAGCGGUGUGGUGAUGGUUUCCAAGCACAAGCGCGCCAAUGCCAAGCUGGUGAAAGCUUUUCAGCGCAGAAUGAUCAGGAAAACCUACGUGGCACUAUGUUACGGCCCAGUGCCGGCUUGGCGCGCAUUGACCGUUCACACAGGCCAUGGGCGAUCGAGAAAUGGCGCGUGGCGAGUGUAUGACCUUGCAGAUGUCAAACGAGAAUUACCUGACAAGUCCGUCGUCCGUGAUAUGCAGACGAAACUUGUGGUCCUGAAGAUCCAAGGAAACGACACUCUUAGACAUCCACAACUGCUCUCCUCCUCCUCCUCCUCCUCCUCCUCAUCAUCAUCAUCAUCAUCAUCAUCAUCAUCGACAGCGGCGGCAGCUAUGACACAGGAACUAGCCCCAUCGUCAUCAUCAUCAUCAUCAUCAUCAUCAUCAUCAACAGCGGCGGCAGCUAUGACACAGGAACUAGGCCCAUGGUCGUCAUCAUCAUCAUCAUCAUCAUCGUCGUCGUCGUCGUCGUCGUCGUCGUCAAUGGCUUCAGCAGUAUUAUGUUCAUCAUCAGCUGAAGGAGCAAUAACAACAGAAGCAUCGUUCGUGCUAUCAUCGACUUUCUCCUCCUCUUCCUCCUUGGCAAUAUCAUCAUCUCAAGCGGAGACGGAAGAAUCAGUAUUGGUAUCAUCAGGAUGGACCACCACCUCUUCUUCCUGCUCCUCCUCCUCAUUAUCAUUGUCGUCAUCGUUAUCAGGACCCUUGGCAUCUUCAUCAUCGCCAUUACCAUUGCUACCAUCACGGUCAUCAUCAGUAGCAGCAGAAGCUGUGUUGACGUCAUCAUCUCCAUCAACUGCAGCGGAUCUGGCAAGAGGAGAAGAGCCGGGGCAAGAAGUAGGAGGAGGAAAAGGAGGAGGAGGAGGAGGAAGAAAUGGAGAGUGGGAGCAAGUAAUGUAUAGCAGUAAUCAGUUGAUUCAAGGGACAGAGGGAGGGGAAGUAGUAGAAGGAGAAGGAGGUGGGGGAGGAGGAGGAGGAGGAGGAGGAGGAGGAGGAGGUAGUGUUGAGAAUGGGGAGUGUGUUCAAUCGAGGAGAAAGAUUCUAUUGCGUGCUUAUCCUGUCUCGGGACGGACACAUCAGAUACGUCUUCAUUGUCUAUUUGAGGGAAUUCCGCUUGUGGGGGACAUCCGGUACUGUGGAGAAGUACAUGUAGACGGGGUCCAGUGCGACUCACAUGCCCUUCAUGCCGAAAGCAUAUCAUUUCGACACCCAAUUACAGGCCAGGAGAUCGACGUCUCGGCACCGCUGCCAGCUUGGGCUGUGGACAUGGAUGUCAGGCAUUUGAGUCUGGGCCUACCAUCUGUCCCUCGUACGCAGCGGACAGAAUCGCUUGUCGAGACGGACGACGACUCCUGUUGAUGACGUAGAUUUUAUUUUAUUUUUAUUUUUAUUUUGUAUUUGAGUUGAUGUCCUUCUCAGUUUCUGAUGACGUAGAUGGAUCCAUUGUAAG